AUGACCUUCAAACGAUACGAAUCUUAUAGAAUAUGUGUGCAACGUGAAUUCGCUUUUGCAUUAGUACUUUACCGUUUUGCGCACCCUCGAAGCUAUUGCACGAUGGAGAAAAAAUGGGGCAUGAACAGAAAGAAUAUGGCCUGCAUAAUAAACCAAUUUUCGACUAUGCUGAUCAGCAAAUUCAAGUAUGGUCUUGAAUUUGAUAGCCGCCAAUUCUCUCGAGAAAAUUGUGCCAAAUUUUCAGAGGCCAUCUACGAGCAAUGUGGCGUAUAUAAAAACAUCAUUGGCUUUAUUGAUCGCACAAUGCAGAAAGUCUGCUGUCGUACAAACAAUGAUGAGCAGAAACAUACUGGCAAUGGAUGGAAGCUCUAUUCUGAACAGCAUGUCCAUUGCAUUAAGUAUCAAGCUAUUGGUACACCAGAUGGUAUCACUAGCACCCUUGUGGGCCCAUUUAUUGGGUCUGCUCAUGAUGCCAAGGUGUUUGAUGAUACAAAUACACUUGAUCGAUUGAUUCUUCAUCUUGGCCAGUUGGGUCCUUUGACACCACAAGUCAAUUAUAGAAUUUACGGGGAUUUGGAAUACAAGAAGUGUAAGCAUGUAUUCAGACCAUACAAAGAGCACGAGAUCAGAAUACAUGCUAAUGGGAAGUAUGUUAACACUGAAAUGGCGAAGGUCAGAGUUCAAGUGGAGAUAGAGUUUGGGAAAGUAUCCCAAUACUUCAAGCUUUGCAAGUCUAGCUACAUCAUGAAGUUCAAAGGGAACACGAACCCAGCUCUGGUCUACAUUCUCUGUACUUUGUUCAAAAACUUCCACACCUGUCUAAAUGGAUCAGCUACAAAGCCAAUUUUUGGAUUAACUCCUCCAACUAUAGAAGAAUACAUCAGUGGUCUUAUGCGUGAGCGACAGAAGCAUGACACCAUUGACAAUGUUGAUACUAUAUUGAAUAACGCAUCAAAUUUGGUUCAAAAUAAACCAAUUAAAUAA